AUGGGGAGCUUUCUUUCCGCUGGCAUGAAAAACCCUCUUUUUACUGCAGCAGCAAUAGACUUUGGUAUUCAGUGGAUUUGUUGGGCGGUUGCGUCCAUUCUUCAGACGGAAAAGUUUUACGAUUUGGCCGGUUCCUCCACCUUCGUCUUCCUGACGUUGCUAACCCUAAGAUGGCAAAGGAAAGUCAACUUGCGUCAGAUUAUCCAGUCUGGCUGUGUUACGGUUUGGGGACUUCGACUUGGCUUGUAUCUGUUUCACAGGAUUCUCCAGGACGGAAAGGAUAGCCGUUUCGACAAGGUUCGAGGGAAUCCCCGCGUGUUUUUCAUCUACUGGACAAUUCAAGGUGUUUGGAUCUUCAUGACUCUACUACCAACCCUGAUCCUGAAUGCUUCUGCUAAAGACGAAGAGCUGACAUGGAAGGAUUACUUAGGAUGGGCUUUCUGGCUAAUCGGAUUCAUACUAGAAGCAGGUGCAGAUUACCAGAAGUCGCAGUUCAAGGCUAAUCCUGCUAACAAAGGCAAGUGGAUUGCCUCUGGGCUGUGGAGCAUUAGCCGACAUCCCAACUAUCUUGGCGAGAUGCUGAUGUGGUCCAGCUUGUUUCUUCCGGCUUCCUCAGUAAUGUCUGGUUACCAGUACUUGAGUGCCAUCUCCCCUAUGUUUGUGGCUUAUCUUCUGACUCGAGUCAGUGGCAUUCCACUUCUGGAAAGGCAGGGUUUGAAGAAAUGGGGGCAUCUACCAGCCUACCAAGAUUAUCGUCGAAGCACUGCAGUUCUGAUACCUUACAUAUGGUAG